CAACGCCUCUCUGGCUCUUUCUCUCCUUCCCCCCCUCCUCGCGCGCGAUCCAACCCGGCCAUAAGACGCCACCUCCCCGCAUCUACCGCCACCUUAUCGACUCGCCUCCAACACCCCCGAUCGACGCGAACCAGGCACCAACCGGCUGCGGCGACCUAGCGAAGAGAUGGACGGCCGGCGGCCGGAGAUGCGGCGGACCAUGACGCUUUCCGAGCAGUUGUCCACGUCCGACCCGGCCAUCCGCGACUUCCUCAAGAUCCCCCACGACGCCGACGUCGGCGGGAGCCCCGCGGCCGGAGACGCCGCGGGCGGCGGCGGGACGGGUGGCUGGAAGCCGCUCCGUGACCGGCUCCGGCUCCGCCGCGCGGCGGCCGCAUGGCCGCCGCCCAAGCCCCGCGCGCCCGCGCCCGCGCCCGCGGCCCAUGCCCCGACGAACAGCGGCGACCUCAGCAACAGCAGCAGCGCCAACAGCCGCAGCAACAGGUACAACUACUCCCCCGGCGAGGCGGCGGCGGCGUUCUCCCGCACCUUCUCCCGCGCGCCCUCGCUCCGCGCGACGCCCACGUUCUCGCGCGUCGCGUCCACCCGGGUCGGCCCCGCCUCCUCCCGGUCCAGCUCCAGGCGCCCCGCGACGUACAACUUCCGCGAUCUCGACGAGGAACGCCACGACGACGGUGGCGGCGACGACCAGGAGGAAGAUGACGAUGACGAGGAUGAUGAGGGACACGAGGAGGAGGAGGAGGAAGGCAAGGAGGAGGCGCCCGCGGCGCAGAUGUCGCUGAUGGCGCUGCUGGAGCAGUCGGACAGCCAGUGGGACGACGACGAGGACGACGAGGGCGGCGGCGGCGGCGCGCGGAAGAACGGCGAGGGCGACGACGACGACGACGACGGCGAGGGGCGGGAGGAGGAGAUGGUGCACGUGUGCUGCGUGUGCAUGGUGCGGCACAAGGGCGCGGCCUUCAUUCCCUGCGGCCACACCUUCUGCCGGCUCUGCUCCCGCGAGCUCUGGGUCAGCCGCGGCAACUGCCCGCUCUGCAACGGAUUCAUCCAGGAGAUCCUCGACAUCUUCUGAUGGAUCGAGCUCGCCGCCGUUGCCUUAUAUAUUAUCUAGGCUCUCUUCACGUCCAUCGCAUCCUCACCUUCACCGUGAUCUUCCUGUGCUUCUUCUUAGAGGAGGAAGUGAGCGGUGAAUUGCCGCCACUAUGGAAUCCGUGAAGUUGAAACCCUUAGGUGAAUUCAAAUGAUCGAUCAAGCUGUUUGAGCUGGCGAACACCAAAACUGGUGUUUGCUGCUUCAUACAAUUUUUUUUGGGAUGUGAUUGAUUGUUCAAGUAUGUUACGAUGCAAUAAAAAUGACAUUACGCAAUGCGUGUAUAGCAGUAUAGCUACAUUUCAGAGUGAUUGUUAGGUUUGACUAACCAGCACCAAGAGCCAAUGAUUAUACCUGUUCUAUUCCAAAGCA